AUGGGGUUCGACCAGCCCGGUGUUCGACAAGAGCUUCCGAGUCGUAUGGAAGGCAAUGGACGCAAAUGCGUUCAAGAUGAGGUCGAGGAAUGCUGCAAACCUAGAGUGGGCCUCGUCCCAGCUGGACAUGCCCUCCUGGCGAUAGGUGGCGGAACGGUCCACGGGUGCCUGGGGCGCAUCUGGAACUUGGCCCUUGUGCAAUUUGGGUGCCGAAUCGAUGCCUUUGCUGGUAUCGACACGAGAGCGGUCUUCGCUUCGAGUCUCGGGGUAUGUGCAGACAGGCUGCGGGAAGCGGCGGGCACAAUUCGUGCAGGGCUGUGUCAAGGAACACUGCGAAGGCACGGAUCGUCAGAAUCCAAAUCGGUACCAAACACUUAA